CAGUUCUAUAACGAAAGCUGACCUAACCGGACGGGCGGUGGCAGUUUUCACUUGGCUCUGAGUGGAUUGAGCGUUGAAGAGUAUUUGCGGUGCUUAUAGAAAUUGAUAUUGUCAAUAGCAUCCGGGUCUGCGUCUGUAUCCGGUUCGCUCAGUGCAAACAAAUAAACGAUUCUACACUUCAAACGCUUUAAAUAUAUGGCCUACUAGGAUACUGGGUCAUCAGUAGUGUUACUUUUCUCGUUCAACAAUCACUUCAGUUUGCUUGGCCUACUGCGUAAGAACAUGGUCGAAGUAAACCUAUUCUCUGCUUUGGCCGUGGGCGCCGUAAUCCUGCUGCUGUAUCAUUACAUAGCGAAAAAGUAUCACUAUUUCCUUACCAAACCAAUACCAUGCAUCAAACCCACCUUCCUGUUGGGCAUCUUCGAUAUGGUAGUGUUGAAACGGGUUGAACUGGUUUUCGGAUCAAAGCUUCUGUACAACUCCUAUCCAGAUGCGAAAAUCAUCGGCUACUACGAACUGACGAAGCCAACCUACAUGGUGCGUGACCCAGAGAUGAUCAAGAAGAUCGCCAUCAAGGACUUCGACAGCUUCACCGAUCGAACACCGGUAUUUGGCGAUGCGGUUCCCGCCGACAGUUUGUUCUUCAAUUCGUUGUUCUCGCUCCGUGGGCAGAAGUGGCGCGAUAUGCGGUCAACUCUGAGCCCUGCUUUCACCGGAAGUCGUAUGCGGCACAUGGCCGAGCUGGUGGCCAAAUGUGCCACCAGUAUGACGGACUUUAUCCAUUCGGAAGCGAAGGCCGGCAGAAGACUGGAAUUCAACAUGAAAGACACUUUUUCGCGAUUUGUCUGUGACGCGAUCGCAAGCGUGGCAUUUGGAAUCGAGGUUGACUCGUUCCGCGAUCCGGAAAAUGAGUUUUACAAAAAGGGCAAUGAGUCACAGAAAAUACAUACUUUCAAAUCGUUGGCGACAUUCGUUACUUUACGGUUCGUCCCAUUUUUGCAAAAAGUAUUCAAUUUCGAUUUCGUGGACGCGAAUGUGGCAGGUUACUUCAAAAAGUUGAUUUUGGAUAAUAUGGACCAGCGCAAAAAGCAAGGUAUCGUUCGAAACGAUUUGGUCAACAUGUUGAUGGAAACGAAAAAAGGUGCCUUGAAGUACGAAGAGCCGGACAUGCAGGUCUCAGAGGGUUACGCAACAGUUGAAGAAUCGCACGUAGGCAAAUCUACACAUUCCAGGAUUUGGACGGACAACGAGCUGAUAUCGCAGUGUUUCUUCUUUUUCUUUGCCGCAUUCGAUAACGUAUCCAGCAUCCUGGCUUUCCUGUCUUAUGAGCUUACCGUCAAUCAGGAUAUUCAACGACGUCUCUACGAAGAAAUCGCAGUAACCGAGUCAACCCUCAACGGUCAACCGAUAACCUACGAAGCUCUUCAGAAGAUGGCCUACUUGGAUAUGGUAGUAUCGGAGGCUCUUCGUAAAUAUCCAACAGCGACUCUGACGGACCGUUACGCCAACAAAGACUACGUCUUCGAUGACGAAGAAGGACUGCGCUUCGUCAUCGAAAAGGGCAAAACCAUUUGGAUCCCAAUGCUAGCCCUUCACCACGACCCGAAGUACUUCCCGGAGCCGGAACGUUUCGAUCCGGAGCGCUUCAGCGAAGACAACCGAUCGAAAAUCGUCCCGGGUACGUAUCUUCCGUUCGGGGCAGGACCUCGAAGCUGCAUUGGACCGAGGUUGGCACUGUUGGAGGUCAAAAUGGCUCUGUACCACCUGGUCAAAGAUUUCAACCUGCAAGCGUCGGAGAAAACGCAGAUCCCGCUGCGGCUGUCCAAGAGUGCGUUCACCAUGCAAGCGGAAAAUGGCGUUUGGCUGGAACUGAAGGCUAGACCGAAAGCUUAGACCAAAUGAUGGAAUGGGUUUAUCUACUGGCUCUGAUGGCUAUACCGCAAAGUUAUCUUAUCAAUUCUUCAUCCGUGGCAAACAAAGUUAUCCGCGAAACGUAAGUCACAUUGACUACAAUCAUGGUAUGUUUAAUCAACACAAAUAUUUGGAAGUCAUCCAAAACGCAAAGUCGAUGUUACCGUACUUUGGAGUGUAUCAAUGUAAUUGAGCAUAUUAAAAAAAAAACGUUACAUAUUAUAUCAAAAUUCAAAAAAAUGUUGUUUUAGUAUUCAUAUUAUACUGCUCUGUGCGUUUGAAAUGCAAAUAUCAAAUGCGGGAACACCCAACGCGGUAAAUUUUUCAACAAGGAAGGCGAAGUCAAAAAUUGAUUUUCAAUGCUAGGUUGGCGGUGAUAUGGACUAUAAUUGCUAAGUAUCCUUUGGUUACUUUAUGUUACCGCAUUUGAAGCCCAGUUAGAAUUGAUUUGCACUUCAAACGCAAACAGCAAUACAUUAACCUAUCCCAAGCAACAUGUAAAAUGUUAUUAUAUUCUACAUAUAUUAAAUAAAGCAAAUAUAAAAAUCA